UGAGUAACUGGAUAUAACUGCCAAUAAAACUUUGCACCCUGCCAUGCUAACAUCAGUCCAGACCCUUUGUGUUCAGGGUACAAUGUGCAGGCUGAUUUCCUCAGAGUCUGGACGUUGCCUAUGAGUCUGUCCGUACAGCCGCUGGACACACGAGCAGUCACUUUUAUUUUAGUUUGUUGUCGGUCAGGAGGGAGGCACAAAAGGAGCUGACAUGCAGAAUGUACCAAAGGAGUGGAGGGAAGAACAGAGCGUGGGAGGAGGAAGAGACAAAGAUGUUAAACCGUGGGAGGGUAGAGAGGCCUUGUUCCAAAAGAACAUCGGUAACUCCAAACAGGACAUGUCCACAGGCAAAGAGAAGAAGAAUGGAGAGAUGAUGAACGGAGGGGGAAAGGGGAUGGAGGGGACGGAUAAAGAGUCGCUGAUGAUGGAGCUGACCCGUCUGGUUCAGAAGACAGUGAAGGAGAGUAGUUGGUGGGAGCGGAGAGGCAUCGACAUCACUAUCCUGGCCCUCUCCUUUCUCCUGCUACCCCCAGCAUUCCUGCUGCUUGGUUCGUCCCAGGCCCUGGUGUUUGUCCUGGGCAUGGUGCUGAUGGGCGUGUCCCAUGCUGUCAUCACCGUCAAGGGCACCCAUCUGGCAAGUCACGGAUCGCUGAGCGAGUCCCCUACCUGGGCCGAUGUCUGGGCUGUGUUUUUCAUAGAGGUGUGUGGGUCUUUCACAGCAAGGGCAGGUGUAACAAGCCACAUUAAGAUGCACCAUGCCCACACCAACGUGAUCGGCCUGGGUGACUCCAGCACCUGGAAGAUACCCUACCUUCCCCGGGGUGUAUACCUGUUCAUUGCUCCCCUGGCUGUACCUGUUAUCACUCCUCUGGUGGCACUAGGUCAGCUGAAAGAGCACUCAAUGGGCCAGGCCCUGAGGACAGUCCUGAUGGUGUUCCUGGGGUUGUACGCUCAGUACUGGCUUUUGAUCCAUGUCUCUGGGUUCCAGUGUCUUUACAGCACCCUCCUCUGUAUGCUGCUCUGCAGGGCUAUGUUCUCCCUGCCCUACAUACACGUUAACAUCUUCCAACACAUCGGCCUGCCUAUGUUCUCCCCGACCCGUCGGCCCAAGAGGAUUUACCAGAUGACCCACGGGGUUCUGAACCUUCCUCGGAACCCCCUGCUGGACUGGAUCUUCGGACACUCCCUCAUCAACUGUCACGUGGAACACCACCUGUUCCCCUUCCUCUCCGACAACAUGUGUCUCAAGGUAAAGCCCAUCGUGUCCCAGUAUCUGAAGGAGAAGGAGCUCCCAUACCAGGAGGAUAGCUACCUCUCCCGUCUGCAGCUCUUCUUUCACAAGUACCAGGAGCUCAUGGUUUUCGCCCCACCCAUCACGGAGCUGGUGGGGGUGCAGUGAUGGAGCAGAGAGGUCGAGGAUGAGGCGGAGAACAGGAAACAGGGAAUAUACCAUCUACUAACCCAUGCUGCUAUGUGCAGUCACUGAAUUAAGAGACUGCUACCACUGUCCUACUGUUUCUAGGAGGAUCAUUCUUUAAGUGCACAAACUCCAACUCACUGACAUUAACAUAGCUAUAUAUAUAUAUAUAUAUAUAUAUAUACACUGCAUUAUUAAUAUAUUAUUUCUGUCAAAAAACAAUUACAUGAAACAAAUACAUUGUAAAUUUAUCUGCACGAUCUAACACUACAACAUGAUAGGCUAUACCAAUGAUCUUUACUCAAGACAAUGUGUAGUUAAACAACCCACUGCGCACGUACCGGUUGAAUCAAUGUUGUUUACACUUCAUUUUAAUGAAAUUAUGUGGAACCAAAGUAGAAUAGACUAAUUGAGUCUGUGCCCAUUGGGAACAAUAAUAAGGCACUUUAUGGGAUACAUACACUACCAUUCAAAAGUUUGGGGUCACUUAGAAAUGUCCUUGUUUUUGAAUUAAAAUAACAUCAAAUUGAUCAGAAAUACAGUGUAGAUGUUGUUAAUGUUGUAAAUGACUAUUGUAGCUGGAAAUGGCAGAUUUUUUUAUGGAAUAUCUACAUAGGUGUACAGAGGUCCAUUAUCAGCAACCAUAACUCCUGUGUUCCAAUGACACAUUGUGUUAGUGAUAUGUAAUUUUGUAAUCCAUGUUCAUAAAUUUUCAUUCAUCUUAAUUGGUCUGAAACCCAGAGUUUGUAAAGUUCUGGUUGAAAUGAAACAGACAGAAUUCCCAGCUCACAAUUGAUCAAAUCCAAGUUUAUUUGCAAGAGUUCCCUCGUGCAUACACAAAGACUUUCAUUUUAUGACAUUCUAACCUACGAACAUACAUACACACUAACAUUCAGAUUCUCUCUUUUUCUCCUGAAGUCUCACCACAGUUUAUUACCACUCAGCUGACAGGUCCAGUCCCCCUCAGAUACGGGAAACUUGGAGGGGCUCUCCCUGUCCUAUCUUAUCUCCCCAGAGUUAUAGAUGGGUCGGUUCAAACAUAGGUUAAGGAUCCUCUUUGUUUUCGUAAGGCACACACAUACAUUCCUCUCUUCCCCCCCUCCAACCUAGAUGGAGCUGUGUUUAUUAUUUUUAAUUACUCCUUGUUCAUGCUACAUAACCUCUGAUCCCUAAUGGUUAAGUUUCCGGGUAGAAUUAUUUAAUCAUGUAUCUUAAACCUUCAUAAAAUCUUUUAACAGUUAGCUAUUCCAAUUUGAUCAUUUUAAAAGGAUCAUUAGAAAACCCUUUUGCAAUUAUGUUAUCACCGCUGAAAACUGUUGGCCUGAUUAAAGAAGCAAUAAAACUGGCCUUCUUUAGACUAGUUGAGUAUCUGGAGCAUCAGCAUUUGUGGGUUUUAUUACAGGCUCAAAAUGGCCAGAAACAAAGACCUUCCUUCUGAAACUCAUCAGUCUAUUCUUGUUCUGAGAAAUAAAGGCUAUUCCAUGCGAGAAACUGCCAAGAAACUGAAGAUCUCGUACAACACUGUGUACUACUCCCUUCACAGAACAGCGCAAACUGUCUCUAACCAGAAUAAAAAGAGGUGUGGGGGGCCCUGGUGCACAACUAAGCAAGAGGACAAGUACAUUAGAGUGUCUAGUUUGAGAAACAGAAGCCUCACAAGUCCUCAACUGGCAGCUUCAUUAAAUAUUACCCGCAAAACACCGGUGCGUGAGUGCAUACAUUUUCAUACUGGUGCCCCGUGGGAAUCGAACCCGGUGCAAGCGCCAUACUCUACCAACUGGCCAGUUUAUGAUCUAACAUAGCAAUAAAACAUAACAUAAACUAGGUUUACCACCAGAGGUGUGUUUCCAUCAAACAGACUAGUUGCGGAUAAAAAAAGGCUGUGCGUGAUUACAUAGUGCACAUAAAAAAUUACUUUUGUGGUUAAGUUCCCAUGUACCAAAUAACAAACACAAGUCAAAUGAGUUUCCAUCGCAAUUUCAACUGUACCGAUGGUUUUGUUACAAAAACUCUUGCACAAUCUGAUUUUGGCGCAUACUCUCUAGACAAGACUUCACUGAUAAACUGGAUAGGGGGUUCUGUGAUGAGAUAUGGAUAGAAUGUAAUUUAAUUUAAUAAUUGGCAGCCAAGAACCGAUCAUCAUGUCACGAGCAUUCAAAUAAUAGCCUUCCCUCGAUAUUUAGCCAAUUGGACAUUUGCAUGAUCACCGUGCACCACCAUGUGAAGUUCAUCAUUACUUAUUUUAUCUGCCUAUAAACUUAAUGCUUUUCCACUAUGUGGUGGUAGGCCCAUAUCGCGUGACUCCAAGUUUACCUCGAUAUGAUGGUUUUUAAAUCAAUAUUUUCAGCAUAAAGGCGUUUCCAUGGCCAUUUCUAACAUAAUUCAUUUUACAGACACAAAAAGAUCCCACCAUGUCGAACGAAACUAACUGUCUGUUGACAUUUAUGAAAUUGUAUGGACUUUUCCUGUUUCUAUAAACCCUGUCGUGACCUUUUUAUGUGUCAGGUAAAUCUUCCGCAUGAAAAAUGUUGAAUGACACUGAGGGGCAGUGUUUUUACAACUAAUGCCGGUUUGUCUGAGACUGAUGUCGUGCAGGUGUUUGUACACAUGCAUAUACACACACUCAUUCAAAUAAACACAUACAAGAACACACACAUACAUGUAAUAGUGCCAGACAUGCACACAAACAUAUACAGUUGGCAUUGCUGUUAUGAUUUUAGUUGGCCUUGAUGUCCUUUGUUUUACAUUUAUUUGUUUAAUUCUUUUUUUUGCAUUGUUGUUUGCUGUCUUCUGGCUUUUUCUUUUUUCUCUUUAGUUCAUUCUCUUGGUUGUUGGUGCUUUGUGGGGGGGGGUUCUUGGGGGUGGGGAAUGGAAUUAAUUGUACACAGAUUUCUUUCGAACUUCAUGGAAUUAUAGACAGUUUGUGUUUGAUGAUUACUCUGCCAAGAGCUGUGACUUGAAUAAACGAAAUGACUGAGAUUGCGUCACAAAUGGCACCCUAUUCACCACUCUAUAGCCAAUAAGGCUCUGGUCAAAAGUGGUGCACGAUAUAGGGAAUAGGUUGCCAUUUAGGAUGUAACCUAAAUGCUGCUUUAACUGACUAUAAGGAGAUUAGUCAACACCUCUGAAUUGACCUCUUUUUACCAUAGACAGAUGUUGUUGAGUUGUGAGUGCCAAUUAUUUUGCAGUGUCUUUAAUUCAAAAGCACAUCCUUGUUUGCACUAAUUACAUUCUAUAUGAAAUAAAUAAUGUAAUAAUGUCCA